CCACGCAAAACCCAAUCAAUUCUAAUUUCUAUCUCCAUCUUCUUGAAGCCUCCCAAUAAUCAACCCCAGCGCCUCUCUUCCUUUAUCUUCCUCAGACUAGAUGAACAAAUAAAACUACAUACAACACUAACUCAUUCUGAUCAAACAAAUAACAACAACCCACCUCAAGCAUUUCUCUUUCUUUUCAAUGGCUUCCCUCACUAUCUCAAACCUCUCUCUCCCUGUUUCACUUCCCAUUCAAACUCCUACAACCCAAUCUUCUUCAACCUUCUCAGUUCUCUCAAAAUCAACACAAUCCCAAUUUUAUGGACUGAGUCUCUCUUAUUCUUCCAGUGUGCUAAUCCCAUCUUCCACUUCAUUUAACACUUCCAUUGUUGCUAAGGUUACCAAAGGCCAGGUGCCGCCAGAAUUCACAUUGAAAGAUCAGGAUGGAAAGAAUGUGAGCCUCUCCAGAUUUAAGGGCAAGCCUGUGGUUGUCUAUUUUUACCCUGCUGAUGAGACCCCUGGCUGCACCAAACAGGCAUGUGCUUUCAGGGAUUCAUAUGAGAAAUUUAAGAAAGCAGGAGCUGAGGUUAUUGGGAUAAGUGGUGAUGAUACAUCAUCACACAAGGCAUUUGCAAAGAAAUACAGACUUCCUUUUACAUUGCUGAGUGAUGAGGGCAACAAGGUGAGAAAAGACUGGGGAGUGCCUGCAGAUCUGUUUGGAACUUUGCCUGGAAGACAGACUUAUGUUCUCGACAAAAAUGGAGUGGUUCAGCUCAUCUACAACAACCAAUUCCAACCGGAAAAGCACAUUGAUGAGACCUUGAAGCUUCUUCAAAGCCUUUGAAACUCAAAUUUUGGAAUGUUGUCUUUGUUUCUUCUUGUUACCACUUGCAUAUAUUCAUGUAUGAUUUAAGGAACUCUGUAAUUGCCUUUGCUGUAAAAAUCAGUAUGAACCCUCUAUUUCGCAAGGAAAUGAAACUUCUUUGACAUUUAUGAGAAUAAAAAUUGUUUUGUUUCUGAUGAA